AUGGCACCCAAGAAUAGCAUCACUGUCACCUUCUUCAACACUCCGUUCCCCGAAAAUGAUUGUACAGAGUGGUGCCCGGAUGUAUACUUCAAUCAUGCUGAAAAUGCGUAUGACCACUUUAAUCUUGACAUUGGAUGGUGCCUUCGUGGAGGAAACAGCAAUUGUGUAGGCGACGAUCCCUCCAUUCGUAUUUAUUACCGGGUCUGUUGCGGCUACAAUGUUUGCGAAGAUAUCAAGGAUGAAAAAUGCAUAUUGAAAGACAUUCAAUUGCGUCCUGCAGUGAAACCAUCCGUCAAUAAAAAACGCCUAAAGCAAGGCUGCAAAGGAUGCAACGGCGAUCUUGUGCAUUACAGCUGUCCGGUAAGAGUCUACUACAAGUUCAUACCAGAAGGAUGCGAGAUGCGACAUCAAGGAACACAUUCCCACAAGGUCUGUAGCCGUAAGCAUUUAUCAGCAACUCAAAACAGGCAAAUGGAUGAACUUGUGACUCAGCAUCCAGCAAUUCAACCAAAGGCUGCAAGCAUUGGGAUUGAUCAGCAAAAUCGACGAGUCAUUGAACCAGCUUACAACAUCGACCCUAUCUUGAUCAACCGUGAGAGAGUAGGAUACGAGAUGCGCAAGGCUAAGGAAAGAAAGGGCCAACCGAUUUCUGCAAAGGACCCAAUCGAAGCAUUCAGCAAGAUUCAAUACGAGUAUCCAUACUUUCUUAUGUUUGCAAACUUGAUUGAGCAGCACUUCUUUAUAUCGUUCAAGUCCCCAACCAUUGGGCCUUUUGUCAAUUUCAGCCAGUAUCCCAUCGUUACGGAUAUUACUUACAAGGCUGUGAGAGAUUGUUAUCUUUGCUCAUCCGUUAUCUACUCACCCGAAAUUGCUAAGCAUGUUGUUAUUUUCCAAGCAAUCAUGAAAUCGACGACAACAUGGCAACUGCAGCAGUAUUUUUUGUUUUUGUUCACCGCAUGCAAGUUGAAUUUCAUUGACAAGGACAAGGUCUUCGGGUUCAUCAUGGACUUUUCCCAGGCAGAAAUCAAUGGGUUUCUUGCUGCUUAUAGCACCUAUACAAGCAAAGACGAUGGGUUGAUGUACCUUAAAGGCUGCUAUAUGCACUGGAUGCAAUCUGUGCAGCGGGUCAGUAGCAACCACAAUGCUAUACCCCCACCUCAACGACAAUUUUUCCUUCGCUGGGUAUACAAGAUCCGCACGACAACAUCGGAGCAAGUAUUCAACAACCAAUUGUUUGUUAUGACAACGCAAUUCCCUGCAACGAGAUCGUGGAUCAAAUGGUGGCUACAGCCAACUAUACGUAGCAUGAAUUUCAACACAUGUUCGGUAAUGAAGCCUUCUUUGAGAGAAUCUGGUGUGCGGACGGGAUCUGUGGUAAGAUACGUUCUCACCGAGAUUUGUAGUAAUACCUUUUGGUGUGUGUAA